AACCACAAUUGGGGCAACAACUUCAACCACAAUUGAACCAACAAUGUCCACCACUAAUGCACCAACAACAACCACAGUUGAGGCCAUAAUUGAGGCAACAAAUAAAGCCACAAUUGAUGCAACAACUUCAACCACAAUUGAAGCAAGUUCUUCAACAAUAAAUGAAGCAAUAACAACCACAAUUGAGGCAACAACAACUACAACCACAGCUAUUCUAGCCCCAACCACAAGAACGACAAUUACCUCAGCACCUGCCACAUCAACCAGAACUUCGUCAGCCCGUACUACAACAAUCAGAACUACCCCAGCACCUACCACAAGCACUACAACUACUCCAGCCCCUACUACAACUACAACAAUUCCCACCACAACAACCACCACGACUACAACUAGACCACCAUCUCGUCCAGCUCCUACAUUUGAGAUUCGGGUUGUCCUUUUCAUAGUAUUUGAGUCAGUGCUUACCGACCCACAGAGUCCAGAGUUCCAGCAACAAGCAGUUGUGGUAGAAAAUGCAUGUGAUUUCAUCUAUCGGCGACGCUUUGGAUUUCUGUUUGUGCGGACCAUUGUGAGAGCAUUCAGGCUGGCUACUAGAUACCGAGCGGACACCAUUGAAUCAGAAGUUGAGACAGAUAUUGACGUUGUGUUCAACGAGACUUCAAUUGAGCCCCUACCUACAAGCUCUGUUGUUAUUGAAGCCCUGGCUAUCGCCAUAAAUGACUUAAAUUCAGGCUUCAAUAUUUCUGUGGUGCCUGGAUCCAUCUUUGUGAGAAGUGAACCCAAAUCAGCAGCCAUUGUCCAGUUCUGUACCAAUGACACAUUUAUUGCUGACCUUUUGAAUUCUUCUUCGGUUGCCUUCAGUAAAAGAUCCUCACUGAUCAAAACAGAGCUAGAGCCAUUUUUCUUUGAAGACUAUCAGCCAGAUUUCAUCAGCCUCACACCAACAAGCUUCAGCAAAGGAUCAAUUAUUCAUGAGACGAACAUGACCAUAACCUCUGAUGCAACGUUCCCCAAUGAUACACAGAUUAUAGCCACCCUGACUAGAGCUGCCUUGAGUGGAAACUUGUCAUUUACCAUCAUCUUCAUUGACAGCACAGCCAUGUCAGCAGGUGAAGUCAGCAGCAGUGUUAACCUCCUGAGUGCCUGUGGACUUACCAUCAUAUCGCUCCUUGUGGCUCAGCCCUGGUAGACCCAGAAAUCUCUCACAUUUGACCUCGCCCAAGUGGAGUAUCAACAUAAAGAGAGAAUGUUUUGUGGAUCUAAUUCCACCUCCAAAAGAGAUACAAUGAAUUAUGAGUAUUGUCUCUGUGAAGAGGACACACAUUAUAUAUGUAAAGGAUAACGUCCGCCGAGGUGUCCUGUUAUCCGGAUUUAAUGGACGAGGGCAAGAGGCAAAGAACUCCCCGACGCGCAGUGGAGGGGGGUUGCCUCCACCCAAGUCCAUUAAAGGAACCGUAUGUAAGAUUGUGGCCAAAACUGGUACUGCAAUCACUUUCAAAUUACUGUAAAGCGGUGC